AUGUGGACCCAGCAACCGGUGUAUACACUCGGGCAAUCGAGCUAUCAUGUGAUAUUUGAUAUUUACUUGAAGUUAAGACGGGUUUUUGCUAGCCAAGGUUAUCAUUCUUUAUCUUUGUUUUUUUUCUCUCCACCCUCUCUCUCUCUCUUCAUUUUUUUCUCACCCAUUUUGUCUUUCUUUGAUCUUCUCUCUCUCUCUCUCUCUCUCUUUCUUUUGGAUUUCUUUUAUCCCGCCUCACUCCGUCUCUUUGGUCCUCUGUUUUCCUCUCGUUUCUUUUUCUCUCUUUCGUCUAUUUUUUCUCUCGCCUCUCUCUCAUCUUCUUUUCUCCUGCCUCUUUCUCUCUUCUUUUUUCCUGCCUCUCUCUCUCUCUCUCUCUUUCUCUCUUCUUUUUUCCCGCCUCUCUCUCGUUUUCUUUUCUCCCGUCCCUCUCUUCCUCUUUCUCUUCUUUCUACAAAUCACUACUCUCUCUUCAUUUUCUCUCGUCUCCUUUCUUAUUUUCCUCUCUCUUUCUCCCGUCACCUUUCUCUUCUCUCUCACUCUCACUUUCUCCCGUCUUCUUCCUUGUUUCUCUUUCUCCCAUCACCUUUUUCUCUCCGUUUCCUGUCUUCUCUCAUUUUCCAUUCUCCCGUUUCUGUCUUCUCUCAUUUUCUCCCGUUUCCUGUCUUCUCUCAUUUUCUCCCGUUUCCUGUCUUCUCUCAUUUUCUCCCGUUUCCUGUCUUCUCUCAUUUUCUCCCGUUUCCUGUCUUCUCUCAUUUUCUCCUUCUUUCCUGUCUUCUCUCUCUCUCUCUCUCUCACUUUCUCCUGUUCUUCUCUCUCUCUUCUGUCUUCUUUCUCCUCCUGUCUUCUCUCUCUCUCUCUCACUUUCUCCUGUCUUCUCUCUCUCUCUCUCAAUUUCUCCCGUCUCUCUCUCUCUCUCUCUCUCUGUCUUCUCUCCUCUCUCUCUCUCUCUCUCUCUCUCUCACUUACCAUAUACCCAUGGUUUCUCCUAUCUUUUCUCUCUCACUUUCUCCUGUCUCCGGUUCUCUCUCUCUCUCUCUCUCUCUCUCUCACACACACACACACUGUCUCCUGUCUUCUCUCUCUCUCCCACUUUCUUCUGUCUUGUUCCUUGUUUCUCUCUCGCGCGCUUUCCCCCGCCUUCUUUCUUCUCUAUCUCUCUGUUUUUCCUCCCUUUUUUUCAGUGUUUAUUAA